GGCGAAUCAUUAGCAACCGUGAUUACAAACGUGAACGACCAUGAUGUGGUGGGACUAGAGCUCUUUUAGUGAUGGGCCAGCAGACGCUUUCGCCGCCGAGAGCAGGGUCCCGGUCCUAAACCGUUAGAGGUUGCACUUCCCCUUUCCCUCCAUCUGCACCGUGGCGGGUCGCUGGUUACGCCCGUCUGCGUGAGCGGCCGAAAGGCGUGCUGGGAGUUGAAGUUUUCCGCGCCUCGUUUCCCGAUGGUGUGGGAACGGGAGUUCUUUCUUUCCCCUACAUUACUACAGGUCCCGGAAUGCAAUGCGAAACCUACGCCCGCUGCUCCCCAGUCUCCGACAGUCCUGUGGUUACGCAGUUGCGGAUGAAAUGAACCAGAAUUGUAGAGUGCAGAAAGUGGUGCGAGAAAAACUUAAGCAACUCGCAUAAAGAGUAAUACAAACGUUGGUUCUGUUUUCCUGGCUUUUUGUUGCCGCAAAUAGCAUGGCGUGAAAUCAACAGGAGUUUCGCAUUCAUUCGUUGCGUUGUAUAUUCCUGACCGAAUCGAUCACAACUCGGUUGUUUUAACCAAUAAUGAACAUCUGUAGCAACUUUUCCGCCCGGUGUGUCGUCGAAUUAAAAAGAGCAUUUCCGGUGACGGACUGAGCGUCUGUGACGGCGGAUUGAAAGUACAGGGAGAGAAGAGCGGAGAGAGGGGAGGGGGACCAUGAGUGAGAUAUCAGCAGAGUGCUCCCGCUGAACAAACUUGACGGCAAAUGGCAGACCGCCGCAGAGCAAACCCGGUCCCCCUUCACUGAACCUUCGGGAAAGUGGCUUGCUUGGACCGCUGCCCUGUUUCUUUUUCUGUUUUUGUUUUUGUUGCAACGCUGGAAGUUUCAGAGUGGAAAUCCAUCGCCGGGGAGCCAGCCAGAUGUCAACCAACAGCAACUCGUCCCCUCCCGUGUCCCAGAGAUUGCUGCCGUCCACACUGCCGCUGCCCGCCUCUUCGCCCACGCCGUCGCUGUCGCCGCCGGCCACCGCUGUGCUCUCUGGCCGGGUUUCCAAUGGCAGCCUGAGCGCCCCGAGCCCCACCAAUUCCCGGGGAUCCUUCAACGGCGUCUCCUUCCUUCUGCAGAUCGGCCUGACUCGCGAACCGGUGACCAUCGAAGCACAGGACAUCUCUCUCUCAGCCGUCAAGGAUCUCGUCUGCUCCAUCGUGGACCAAAAGUUCCCAGAAUGUGGCUUUUUUGGAAUGUAUGACAAGAUCUUACUCUUCCGCCACGACCUCAAUUCUGAGAACAUCUUACAGAGGCUGAUAUCAGCAGAAGAAAUUCAUGAAGGGGACUUGAUUGAGGUUGUUCUUUCUGCACUAGCUACUGUUGAAGAUUUCCAGAUCCGACCGCAUACUCUUUAUGUACACUCCUAUAAAGCUCCAACCUUCUGUGACUACUGUGGAGAGAUGCUGUGGGGAUUAGUACGUCAAGGCUUAAAAUGCGAAGGUUGUGGUCUGAAUUAUCACAAACGAUGUGCCUUCAAAAUUCCUAACAAUUGCAGUGGCGUGAGGAAAAGGCGCCUGUCCAACGUUUCCCUGCCAGGCCUCUCUGUUCCAAGACCUGCACUGGUGGACUGCACGGGAGUGGUCUCAGAGGAGGGGCUUCAUUCAGCGAUCCAGCCAAAAAGUGAUGAAGUACGUUUAAUCAAGCGUUGCCACCAGGAGACCAGCAAGAGAAUCCCUUCAUGGAGUGGGCGUCCAAUUUGGAUGGAAAAGAUGGUGCUCGGCAGGGUAAAAGUACCACAUACCUUUGUCAUACACUCCUAUACACGGCCCACUAUUUGUCAGUAUUGCAAGCGGCUAUUAAAAGGUCUAUUUCGACAAGGAAUGCAGUGCAGAGAUUGCAGGUUUAAUUGCCACAAGCGAUGUGCAUCCAAAGUACCCAGGGACUGUCUUGGCGAAGUUGUUUUUAAUGGAGAGCCGGCCAGCCCAGGGCCUGACUCAGAUAUGCCUAUGGAGGUGGACAGCAGUGACAUGAACAGUGAAGGCAGCAGGAUGUUGGAUGACACAGAGGAGCCGUCAACAUCAGAAGAGAAGUUGUAUUUUAUGGAUUCCUCUGAUUUGGAUGGAGAGAAGGAUGAAGAACCUGUCAGAACAAUCAGUCCUUCAACAAGCAACAAUAUUCCUCUCAUGAGAGUUGUACAGUCUGUUAAGCACACGAAAAGGAAGAGCAGCACUAUGGUGAGAGAAGGUUGGAUGGUCCACUACACCAGCAAAGACAAUCUGAGGAAAAGACAUUACUGGAGGUUGGACAGCAAGUGCCUUACACUCUUUCAAAAUGACACUGGAAGCAAAUAUUACAAGGAAAUCCCACUGUCAGAAAUCCUGCAGUUGGAUCCACCUCGGGACUUUAUAAAUCUGGCUCAAGGCAGCAACCCUCAUUGUUUUGAGAUAAUAACGGACACCAUGGUGUAUUACGUUGGAGAGAAUCUUGGAGGCAACUACCAGAAUCACGCCCUGGCUGCCACAGGAGUAGGUUUAGAUGUUGCUCAAAGCUGGGAAAAGGCUAUCCGGCAAGCUCUGAUGCCAGUAACCCCACAAGCCAGUGUCUGCACCACAGCAGGUCAAGGCAAAGAACACAAAGACCUAUCUCUCAGCAUUUCUGUAUCUAACUGUCAAGUUCAGGAGAAUGUGGACAUCAGCUCUGUAUACCAGAUCUUUGCUGACGAGGUUCUGGGCUCAGGACAGUUUGGAAUAGUGUACGGGGGGAAGCACAGGAAGACUGGGAGGGAUAUGGCAAUUAAGGUGAUAGAUAAAAUGAGAUUCCCCACAAAGCAGGAGAGCCAACUACGCAACGAGGUUGCUAUCCUUCAGAACCUUCAUCAUCCAGGAAUCGUAAAUCUUGAAUGCAUGUUUGAAACUCCUGAAAGAGUCUUUGUUGUCAUGGAGAAACUCCACGGAGACAUGCUGGAAAUGAUUCUGUCCAGUGAGAAAAGCCGCUUGCCGGAACGAGUCACCAAAUUUUUAGUCACACAGAUUCUGGUGGCCUUAAGACACUUACACUUUAAGAACAUCGUACACUGUGACCUGAAGCCUGAGAAUGUACUACUUGCUUCAGCGGAUCCUUUCCCUCAGGUAAAGCUCUGCGACUUUGGCUUUGCUCGUAUUAUUGGCGAGAAAUCAUUCCGAAGGUCUGUGGUGGGAACCCCGGCCUACCUUGCUCCAGAGGUCCUCCGGAGUAAAGGAUACAACCGGUCUCUGGACAUGUGGUCAGUGGGUGUAAUAAUCUACGUCAGCCUCAGUGGCACUUUCCCAUUCAAUGAAGAUGAAGAUAUUAAUGACCAGAUCCAAAAUGCAGCAUUCAUGUACCCACCAAACCCAUGGAAAGAAACUUCCAGUGAAGCCAUUGAUCUGAUUAACAACCUGUUGCAAGUGAAGAUGAGGAAACGUUUCAGUGUGGACAAAUCACUCAGUCACCCUUGGCUACAGGAUUACCAGACAUGGCUAGAUCUUCGAGAAUUUGAAACCAGGAAAGGAGAGCGUUACAUCACACAUGAAAGUGAUGAUGCACGUUGGGAAGAAUAUUCCAAAAUACACAAUCUCCAGUAUCCCAAACACUUCAUCAUGGCACCCAAUCUUGAUGAUAUGGAGGAAGAUCCUUAAUGUAUCAAACUGGGCAAAUUGCCAGGAGUGAAUAAUGUUACAGCAAAGAUGUGGAAAACACUGCCACUGGGUAAAAGGAAGCUAAGACUUGUUGCUGUUCGAUGUACAACGGCCAAAGUGGAUUGGAUGCUGCCCAGCUCGUUACAUCAGCCCAAGUGACAUUGAAGGGAUCUGGUGUAAAUGGAGACUGCAAACCUAUAGCACAGCUGGAGACUUAGUGACUAAUGUAUGAGGAGAAAGAGGACAUGUAUAUGCUGUGAGCUAUAGACUCUAAACCAAACAUUCCUUUUUUCUAGUAUUUAGCUGGUUUAAUACUAUCCACCCAAGUACCUCUUUGGUACCAAGCCAUAAAUUUACUUGUUUACUAAAUGCAAAGCUAGAUCAGACAAUCUUUUUCACAAGUGUUUUGAACUUAAAGUGUAGUUAUUGAGAAUAAAUGUCCAUUGUAGGACAAGGGCUAUUGCUUGGACCAAAUUAUGUUUAAAUAGGGAUCUUUGAUUAUAUAAAAGUUGGAUGGCAGGUUUGAAAGUAAAUAAUCAAUUUGUUCACACAACUGUUUUGUUAUUUUUGUACAUCCUGUUCUCUCCAUCUUGUGGUUGACAGUUCUAGGUUAUUGCAACAGUAUUACACUAUUAAAUGUGAAGGCCUCUCAGAGAAUGACAGUAAAUGCUUUCAUUGACUCCUGAAAGAAAUUUAAAAAGUAAAGUUGCAGCAUCUCUCUUGAUAGUGGAAGCAAAAUUCAAUUACGUGUGUUCAAAAAUGUAAAUUUCUGCGGUAAAAUAACAUGAAUUGGUGUAGAAUGAAGAAAAAACGCCGAAGGAAAAUACCAUUCUGUAGUGCUAUAGAGUAUUCUGUAGACCAGAUUAAGCUGUGAACUCAAUGGUGGUAUAUAGAUGCAGUUGGAGUGAACACGUUUCCUUGGGUCCAUCCUGUUAUUUCAGGAUCUAGUCACUGGAGGGCACUGCGGAGAGGCUUUGAUUUGUCAGUGUCAGAAGCGUGUUUGACUCUCUGGUGUGUAACCAAUUGCCACAUCAUUUCUUGCUGCAUAGCAUAAGUACAAAUUUCAUUUUCAUAAAACUCAUCACUUUAAACUUUUAACUAUUUAAAUCUAUAUUUUAAUGCUGCUAGCCAGCAUUCCUGUGGCAGGUAACUGUCCUGUCAGAUGUUGUUGUUCAACAUUAGUGGCAACAGGGAGAUGGUGUGCACGUUUGAAUAUGCAUCAGAGUGUCACAAGUGGAGGUUGUAUGAUGGACCAAAUAUACCUUUCAGUGUUCUGUAUAUCAUGACUUCAACUGCUCUUGGAUCAGUAUUUGCUGUACAGUAGUUCAGACUUCAGUUAUUUGUUCUGUCAUGCUUGAGGCAGCACAGCCCACGGGUAGCUUAAAGCCUCUUGCCUUAAAGUGUGAAGCUGACUAUGCAUUAAGUGUGAAGCAAUGAGUGGGAAGAAGGACUGAUAUUCCCUACCCACUCGUGAGAUCUAUUUUAACACAACAAGGACCUCAUUGGCCAAGGCAGGCAUGAGAUUAAAAAAGGUUAAUGUACUUUUCCAAGUAUUAUGCGACACAGUCAGUUCUACUCAGCCUAAAGACUUCAGAGCCUAGACACCACAAAAUAGAUAACUUGC